AUGAUCAUUGAAAAUGUUGGUACUAAAGUUUAUAUGGAUUUCAAAUUAGAUGAUAUUGUAUUAGGUAGAGUAGUGCUACAAUUAUAUGAUGAUUUAGCUCCAUUAUCAACUAAAAAUUUUAUGAAUUUAUGUCAGGGUAUUUCAAUAGAUGGUCAAUAUUACAGCUACAAGAAUUCAUUUAUAGACAAAGUUAUCAAGAAUUUUAUUAUUCAAGGUGGUGAUUUAAAUGGAAACAUCUCAACAAUUUACGAAUCAAAUACAACAAAAUCAAUACCUGGUGAAAAUUUAACUGAUGAUUUCAAUGAACCUUUUAAAUUAUGUUUAGCUAAUAAUGGUAAUAUCAAUGAAAAUGGUUCACAAUAUUUCAUUACAACAUUUCCUCAACCUCAUUUAAAUGGUAAAAAUUCAAUUAUUGGUCAUGUACUACAUGGUAAAUCAAUAUUACGAGAAAUUGAAAAAGUAUCAACAAACAAGGAAAACACUCCAGUUUCCAAAAUUGAAAUUAUAGAUUGUGGAACUUGGAAAGAUGGUAUGGAUGUUCCUAUUUUUAAUGCUAGUUAUAAUUCAAUAGGCGGUGAUAUAUAUGAAGAGUAUCCCGAUGAUGAUAGUCAUAUAAAUCAUAAUUCUUCAGAAUCAGUCUAUAAUGCAGCUAAUAUAAUUAAAACGAGUGGUACGUUAUUAUUAAAAAAGAAUAAUCCAAAAGAAGCCUUCCUAAAGUAUAAAAAAUGUCUUAGAUAUGUUUUGGAAUUUAUACCUGAUCAAGAUCAAGAACCACAAUGGUAUGAAAAAUAUCUAGAACUAAAAAAAAAAUUAUAUUUAAAUCUAGCUUUAGUUUGUUUACAAUUGAAAGAAUAUAAUAAAACUGUUGAUUAUUCAAGUUAUUUACUUGAUAUGAAUAAUAUUUUAAAACAAGAUAAGGCAAAAGCUUUAUAUCGAAGAGGUAUAGCAUACAUUGAGUUGAAAAAAUAUAAACAAGCUAUAAUGGAUUUAAAAGCUGCUCAGACAUUAAUUCCAAACGAUGAGAGUAUAGCUAACAAUAUUCAAAAAGUUGAACAAUUACAAGAACAAGUUAAACAACUGGAAAAGGCAAAAUAUGCAAAAUUUUUUGGAUAA